AGACCAAUGAAAUUUUAAAUCAUUGAAACUUUUUUACGUCAUGAUGCGUCAUAUGACGUCACAGUAAACACGUGUACGUCCAUUUUGAAAAAUAUUAAAUAAGGAUUUUAUAAAUUUGAAAAAAUGACGCAACAAAAUUCAAUACGAAUGUCAAGAUCUGAGAUAAAUGUUAGAAGAUUACUUGGGCGAUGUGAAUUACUGGCCAAGGAAGAUAGUCAUCAAGAUUGGAGAUUGGAGAAGUACAUUAAUGCGCUGGAUGAUGCUAUCAAGAAAUUACAAACAUUACCAGACAAACCCAGUGGGGACAAAAUGAUGGACUAUACAAAGAGAAUAGAUUUUUUAAAAAGAGUUAUCGAUGCCGGUAAAUUUAGUAAUCCGAUAGAACGGGUUGUAGCAGCGCAAAUGUUACCUAGAUCAUCAUCUGUGCUUGUAGAUUCAACUGGGCCCAAUAUUGUUGCGCAAAUUCAUCAAAAAACUUCUGCUAAAUAUAAUAAAGAAUUACGAUCCGAAUUAUUUAACACUGAUUCUGAUGAUGUUGGUAUAAGACAUCGUCUUUCAAGUGCAUCACCAACUCAAGAUGAAGAUUUAGAUGCUUUAAUAAAAUACAAUCGUAAUAUGCAAGAAAUAAUAGCCGAAAAUAUGUUACUGAUGACAAGCAAUAUGAAAGAACAUGCGUUAACAGCAAAUGCAAUUAUAAAAAAAGAUAUGAGUUCUCUUGAGAAAUCCGACAAAUUAACAGAAAUAAAUGCUGUCAAAUUAAACAAAGAGUCAUUGAAACUUGAAGAGCAUACUAAAUCUAAAUGGAGAUGCUUGGUUUGGGUAAUGAUUGCAUUUGUUCUCGCAGUAUUUUUCAACAUGGUUUUAUUUAUGAAAGUUGCUAAAAAGAAAAUUUAAAUCCCUGUUAAAAAUGUUGAACCAACUGUCAAACAACCACCGAAACCA